GAAACAUAGUGUUGAGAGCCACAAACUUGAUUUACAAUCAUGCAGUGUGUCUUGUUUGCCGGUUUGCUUUGUAUGAUUGGAGUAGUUGGUGUGCAGUCGCAUCCGGAGAUGAACUCCGACAAUAAAUCGGAAUUAUCCUCUUUGACUUCUUCUUCAAAAAUAUCGAAUUCAUUACGAGACCUGUUAAAUCAAGAGAGUCUAAUAAGAUUCUCCAUGACCCAGAAAAUCCAGGGCUUGGUGAUGGAUGCCUUAGACAAUAAAAACAACAGUCUGACUUUGAAGAAGAAGUUACGUUACAUAACGACAGAAUUACAGUCUAUUGAAGCAAAGGACCAAGUGAUGAAGGAAGAAAACGCUCAGCUAAAACAGGAGUUAAACACCGUUAAGGAGGCAAUUAAUUCUGAUAAAAACCUCAUAAUGCAACAAAUUCAGAGUCUUAUUAAGACAGGAAUAAGUGUUCUCGCAGAAAAAAUGGAAGAUGAGAAUUCGAAAUUCAGACAAGAAUUAAUGAUUCUUAAUGAAACAAACCAAAGAGUUCAGGAAGAGAACUCUAAACUUAGGCUACAGUUCCAGAUGAUCAAUGGCUCUCUGCAGCAACAUGACUUACAACUGCUUAAUAUUUCUACACAACUUUCAUCAGGUACAUUGAGUUUGAAUUCACCGCAUGGAAGCUGUAUGGGGAUUUUACAAAGUGACCCAGACGUGAAAGGAAAAGAUGGCGUAUAUUCUAUAUAUGUGGGUUAUCACAUAAGGAAAGUGUACUGUGACAUGACUACAGAUGGAGGGGGCUAGACAGUUAUUCAAAAACGACAGGAUGGUUCUACCGACUUUUAUAAGACUUGGACAGAUUACAAGAAAGGAUUUGGAGACCCAUCCAAAAACUACUGGAUUGG